AUACUUCGUACACUUUCUAAUAUCUGGCCGUACGGCGUAAAUAUGUCGCAAAAUCCACUAACCGAGCUGACGCACCAACUGAUUGACUACUUCGCCAUUUACCCAGAGAAUGAGGAUGCUCGACGCAUGCAGCGCUACGGCGAGCUCAUACGCUAUCAUAAUGAGAACCUGAUCGAAUUCGGAGAUCUGAGCAUUGCGGCAAGUUAUAUAAAUUGGCAUUGCUUUAGUCAGAAGCAGGGAUUGCAGCUGCGCAUGCAGUCCGAACAGAUGCUGCCGGAUGAUGAGUCGCGCGAGGAUCUGCUAGAGCAGAGCAAAAAGUGGAUAUUUCCCCUGCAGAAUGUCACGAAGUUGCGCAAAGAGCGCUACGCGUUGCGUUUUUAUCGUCCUCCCAUCAUUGCCCAUGUGCUCAACUCAAUACUGAAGCAUGGUGAAAACUAUGGACAGCACAAGAAGCUGGAAAAGAGUGCGUCACUUAUGCCCACUCUGUGCCUGACCCUACACGAACAAUUUCUGGAUCCAGAGGUUGGAAACACCAAAGAGCUACACAAGUUCCGUGCCAGGCAACUGUACCUGAUUGUGUGCCGAUUGCUGGCCUACGCCAACUGGCGCCUGGUGGAGCCACAGGACCAGACGCCUGGGACACUGCUGGUCAGCGUCGAGUGCAACAAUCUACCACGUCGCUUCGCCACCGAUCAGAUGGACAAGAAGAAUGUGCGCAUGGUGUGUGGCCCGGUUCUCGAACCGACCAAGAAGACUGCCACAAUGCUGACCAGCGGCAGCUAUAUGGCCCUGCGCUCCAACGAUAUGCUGCUCAUAGCCAUGCAUCGACAUGGCGUGCGCGACUGCGCCAAGGGCACUGACUUUGAGAGUCUGAUGCAGCGUCUGGGUCAUGCAGCCGUCAUAGUGGAUCUGUUUGAGGUGCGCCAUGGCAGUGGCGCCACCGUGGUGCGAAAUGGCUUGGGUAGCUCCAAGGGCGCCAACUAUAUAUUGUACAAUUCGGCACGUCUAGAAACACUCUUACGCACCUUUGCCGCACAAGUGGACGCAGGUGUCUAUGAGCCGUUGCCACCGUUAGAGAAAAUCGAUCUUAGUGUGCUUGAAGAUGAGCUCGACUGGCAGCUAAUCUAUGGCUAUUUGCUUACCUUCCCAGAGCUAGUUGAAUCGACGCUAGUCCAACUAGAUCAGGGCUUGUGCGCCGUGCAUCUACUCGUCCGUUAUAUUGUUGAUUUGGCUAGCCUAUUUAGCCGCUACUACCGCAACAAGCAGAUUCUCGUGCAACAGCGCUCGAAUCUGAUGCCCGUGCUCUAUGCCCGCAUCUACCUGGUCAAGGCGGUGCGGGAGGUGCUGAAUGCAGCAUUGGCCCUGUUAGGAAUACAGCCCGUAGACUAUAUGUAAGGGCCAUCAAACGAGCUUAACACCAAACAAAAAACCCCAAAAAGACGUAUCUUCUGUUUUAUGUAUAUUUAAUGUACAAAUAUUUUUAAAUUUAACAACAAUAUAAGCUAUGUAUGGAUAAGGCUUACGACUAAAAGGGUGCUGCACUAUGCAAACCUCCAUAAAAUGUCGUUUACAAAUAAAUAUUAUCAUUGGAAA